AUGACUUAUCCGUUUGGGUCAAAUCAUUAUCAACAGGAUCUGAUAAAUGCUGUGAUUUCGGUUUUGGACGCUCCGAAGGACGAAACGACAGUGUCGCAGGUCUAUUCGAACGAAAAGAACACAGCUACGGAGGUUCAGGCGUACGCGAAGAUAUCUGGCCGAGAUUGGACGUAUUACGUCAAGGAUAUGUUUACCAGCAUAGGACGUAACACCUCGCCGCAGGACCAGUCUGUUCAUAUAGAUUUGGGUCCUGCAAAGGUUGUAUCGCGGUUGCAUGCGAGUAUCGGCUUUAAUUUGAAUACUGGUAUCUGGGAACUUCGAGUUCUUGGGCGAAAUGGCGCUAAAAUAAACUUUCAUAGAAUACCCUCAGGACCUAAUACUGAACCGGUACCGUUAUCGUCCGGGACUAUUCUUGAUAUUGGCGGGACACAGAUGAUGUUUAUUCUGCCUGAUCAAGGUCCUUUUAUUGACCCAUCAGCGCUGUCAUACCUAAGCCCCAAGCUGGCAGCAGCAUAUGCACAAACAACAAACAACCCAUUACUUCAAGAGCUGAUCAAGAGUGUACCACAACCUACUCUAGACGUAAAAAAUACAAACGUUUCGGGGAUGACUACUUUCAAGAUGUAUCAUAGCCAUUUCCAACAACCCGCACACUAUAAUAGCAUUGACCAGAUAGGGAACCAUGGCUCCAUGUAUGGGACGAUUAUAGACCCUGGGUUUUCCAACAGUAAAGAUAAUAGUACAGAUCUUUCCCGCGAUGAAAAUAAAAACGUUAAACCACCUCAUUCAUACGCUACUAUGAUCACUCAAGCUAUUCUGUCGUCCGAAGACGGCGAACUCUCACUUGCUGGCAUUUACAAGUAUAUCUCGAAUACUUAUGCCUUCUACCGUCAUAGUAAAUCAGGUUGGCAAAACUCGAUUAGACACAACCUAUCUCUAAACAAAGCAUUUGAAAAGGUUCCGCGGAAACCCGGUGAGCCCGGUAAAGGUAUGAAAUGGAGGAUUAGUGAAGACUACCAACGUGAAUUUCUGGAUAAGUGGCGUUCGGGCAGAAUUGGUAAGGUCAAGCGUGGUUCAUCGGUAGCCAGACAACUGCAGUUACACAUGUCAAGAUACAACCAUCUGCCUAUCCAAAACAGCAGUGAGGCAGGUGUAUCUGCUAAACCACAUGCAGGGACUGACUCUGUUUCUUCAACAUCAUCUGCAGCGUAUCCCAACUCAAAUCCUACUACUAGCCAUGCUUCCCCAGCAAGGUAUGAACAGUCAUUAUCACAAGAAAACCAGGUUCCAUCGAAUCAGUUAAGACAUCAUAGCAGUAACAUGAAUAUGUCCAUUCAAUCUCAGCAUGCCAUUAGCAAAAAUCAAAAGCUGUCGUCAAGAGGCAAAUCGACAACUCUUGCGCAGCACCAUCUGCAACCCACGAAUUCCAGCACAUCGCUUCCAUCGUUAUCAGGAAUUCGAGGUUCCCCCCCUCCUUCUCUAUCGGUUGGGACUUUGUCCGCUGGUGCCCCUCAGUUAUCACCUGUGAACGAUUCGUUAUUACAUUCACCAACUAAGAGGUUUCAUGUCUCCGCUGUAGAAGCAUACACCCCCGAUAGAGGUUCUCAAAAUUUGUCACGGUCCCCACUUCAGACGGAUAGUAAUGGCAUGAUCGUAGCCCAAGGUCAGCAGCAUCAUCAGGCUUCGUCAUUAAGCCAAGGCCACCAUCUGAAUCAAAAUGGUUUUCCGCCUACAAACCAGAGUAGUCCUGGUGUUUGGAACUUGCUGCACUUUUCCUCUGUUAAUAACACACCUGCAGCGACGCGUACUACCGCGGCACCGACCUCUAACCCGAACAAUAGCCGGUCUAUGUCUGCAGGUCACGGUGUCAGUUCUGCUAAACAGAAAACUGAUUCAGGCGGCUCUGGGGGCGAAAAGGAAGAUACACUAACUUCUAGUCCUAUUAAGAAGAACUGCGUUGAUAAUCAUGAUACCAGUGAAGGGAUUGUUUUAGAUGUUGACGGUUCGAAGGCGAGUUUGAUGAAAGAAAACGGGCCAACUGCCGCAAUGCCUGAUAAGAUGGAAAACUCUCAAGUAGCAACUAAAUAG